CAUAACUAGGUUAGAGCCGGUUGGUCGAAAUAUUCUUCCUCCAUCUUUAUAUUACUAACAGUAACAGCCUGAAAACUAAGUUGUUGAUUCUUAAAAGAUAGUCCUUCGGUUAAACCCAGUAAUCGUGAUGUUAAGGAAAGAAUUAACCAAGAUGAAGAAGGUAAUAUUCCAGAUGAGAUUUCCUCAUCAAUCAAAGAGCAUCUUUUGGGGCUAAAAUCAUGCAUGAAGGAAUAUUUUCUUCCAAUUGACAGCAGUAAAAUGAGGAUCAGGAACCUUUUUACUGUUGACAUGGAAAAUGAGGAAGAAUUACAACUCAGUGAAUCAGAAAUUGAUUCUAUUAUUGAACUGUUCUGUGACACCGUAUUGAAAGACAAUUUUAGUCAAGUCUCAUUAAUUUAUUUUUGGCUGAGCUGUCGUGAUAUUUCAAGUAUGGCUGGUCAUCUACUUAAAGUGGCAACAAAACAUUUACCUUCUCGAUAUGUAGCUUCCAGAAUAUUCAUCCCAUCAGUUGCAUACCAUAAAGAGAGAAUAGGUAACCGGGAAGUUGUUGGAUUUGGCUUAAAUGGAGAACCAAGCUAUAUAGACAGGACAGAUUUUCCAAUGCCAGCCAUCCGUUUCAAAGAGAAUUCUCAAGAAAUAAUAACUCUUAGGGAAAAAGAGAAAGAUGACUGGAGGAAACUUACAAUGGAUGAAAAAAAAGCAUUAUACAGAGCCAGCUUUUGUCAGACCUUUGCUGAGAUGAAGGCUCCAACUGGUGAAUGGAAAUCUGUACUUGCAGGUACUCUUGUGGCAAUGUCUCUAACUAUAUGGAUUUAUGUCUGGAUGAAAAAGUUUGUGUACCAACCUAUGCCUGAAUCUUUCUCACCAGAAAGAAAAGCAGCCCAGUUUCAGAGAAUGAUUGAUCUACGAAUAAACCCCAUUGAAGGUUUAACAUCAAACUAUGAUUAUGAAAACAACAGAUGGAAAGAUUAAUAGUUAAUACUAUAGCAACAGUCACACUAAAAUGGUUAUAAACAAUGAUAUCAUGAUUCAUUUACAGUUUGUGUCAUUUUCAAUUCUAGAACCAUUAUUUGAUUUUACUGCAAUUCUCUUUACAGGGAGUACUUAUGAAGAAACAUUGUUUAGAUAUUUUAUUAACUUAUAAUUCUAGUUAAGUACAUGUACGUGGAUGUCAGAAAUUAGAACUUUUUGUCACACAUGAUGAGAAAUUUAUUGAUUGUUCAUCUUUAGAUACGUCAUGUUUAUUACACAUUUACCCAGAAGUAGUACUAUAGCACAAGCAUACGUUGCAAAAUUGCAAUAAAGAAAGUUGUGGCUGUAUGCAAGUAUUUAGGUAAUAAAUCUAGAGACAAUGGAUCUUAAGCAAUCUUUCCACUUAUUAACCAGGAAGAAAGUUUCUAAAUGUAUGUAUAAGGAGUUUUUCAAAAUAUUCAUGGACCCGAUAAUGUUUUAAAAAUUUCCUGUGUAAUAAAACAUCUAUUAAUCAGGAAGUGAA